AUGGAUGACACUGAAGACAAUGAGGAAUUCCUAGAAAAGCUCAUAUCCAUUACCUCCAAGAGUUUACCGAAACUGGAGGUAGAGGAGAGAUACAACAUAACCAGAGAGCUAGGGAAUGGCUCUUAUGGACAUGUUCUGCAGGUUCAGCAUCGUGAGAGAGGAACCUCAAUGGCUUUGAAACUGAUGGCCAAGGAACACACAGGGAGACGGGAGUUCUUGUGGGAAUAUUGUAUUGCUCUCUGCCUCUCUUCACACCCUACACUUCUUCAAACCAUUGGCAGUGCUUUUGAAUCAUCUACUCAUUAUGGAUUUGCACAGGAGUUAGCACCAGCUGGAGAUCUCUGCAGCAUCUUGAAUUCAGGGGAAGGACUUCCUGAAGUGCAAGUGAAACGGUGUGCAGCCCAGUUGGCUGAUGCCCUGGAUUUCAUGCAUGGCAAAGCCCUAGUACACCGGGACAUAAAACUAGACAAUGUGCUGCUUUUUGACCAAGAAUGCCAGCAGAUAAAAUUAGGUGACUUUGGCCUGACACGACUGGAAGGCACCUGCAUAUCUGCUAUGUCUGCUGUCUUGCCAUAUUCCCCACCAGAACUGUGCCUGCUAGAGAGGACAGAGUCUCUAGCUCUGGACUCAAGCCUUGAUAUUUGGGCCUUUGGAGUGCUGCUCUUUUGCAUUUGUACUGGCUGCAUCCCUUGGGAUAUGGCAAUGAGCCCUGAUCCUAAGUUUGAAGAAUUUAGCAUCUGGCAAAAUCGCACAAUACCAGGUGAGGCUCCAGGCCUGUGGAAAGUUUUCACAGCUCCUGCCUUGCGUAUGUUCCGCCGCAUCAUGGCUCUUGACCCUAACCGUCGUAGUCCUGCUAUUGAAGUGAACAAAUACUCGCAUUUGCCUUGGCGAGUGGGAACUUCUGAAAAGACUCAGGAUGAUUUGUUGAAGACAAUUAGUUCUGAGGCCUGCCUUAAGGAACCUGGUGAGGACAAUACUGAACUGGGCAGAAACCCCAAGGACAAUUGCCUCCAGCAAAUGCAACCCGAAGUCAUUCCCCCAGAGAAAACUCAUACCAUACAGAUGGGUCCCAAUCCUGGAAGCAAUCCCAGUCCACAUGAAGGUUCAAGCCUAAAUGGACCUGGGCUUGAGCCCUGA